CAUCUCUAGCUCAUCGAACCGGAGGGGUUGGAGCUAGAGCAUUGAGCAGGAAGUAAACUCACCGUUGGUUCCUAUGUUUACUUCCAUCUCUCUGGCCGACUUACAAAGCUGAAGAUUGAUACAUGUUCUCCGUUUCCUCAGCUUCACUUUCAUUUCUGCUAAAUUAUGCAAGUAAACCAAAAUGGUGGCAUGGGGGAACAAUCUUUCUUAUUUUUAAGCUUGCCAUGCUUUUAGCAAGACUUCUAGAUUUGGCAUGUUUAAUCACCGAUGAGGCUUCUGACAGAUUUCAUUGGUGAAGUUGAAGUAGAUACUGGAGUAUUGCUGGCAUAUAUGGCACUCAGAACUAUGAGUUCAUUAACAUUGGUCCGAUUUGAGGCCACAAACUUUAAUGGUCUACCUCCGCCUCACUCUCCCAACUCAUUGCCUCAUCUCUCAUUCACAAAGCCAUCUUGGGUUGUGAAGACGGAGUCAAAUGUUCGGAAGAGAAGAAGAAAGAAGCCAGAUCCUCCUUGUGUAGUCUGUAAAGGGAGUGGAAGGGUUGAUUGCCACCAGUGUCAUGGAAAAGGAAGGACAAACAAAGUUGAUUCAGAAAUGCUCCCAAAAGGUGAAUGGCCAAAAUGGUGUAGGACUUGUGGUGGAAGUGGCCUUGGUUACUGCUCUCGCUGCCUUGGGACUGGAGAAUAUAGAUAUAUUAUGGGCUUCCAUUUCAUGAAAAAGGAUGAUAUUCAAUCCCAAGAAAACAAUUCUUAGGUUCAACUUUUUUUCUUAUUAUUUUGGUAAUAAUUAGUUCGAUAUUAUAGAGAAUGUUUAAGUGCAGUAAAUUAUUGUGAAACUCCACUAA